AUGAAUCUUGAUACCUUACCACGUGAAUUAAUCACGCGUUGCUUUUCUUACUUGAGCACUUACCUCCUCACCGAAAUCAUACUAUUGGAGAACAUUCCUGAUAAUAUCCUUGAAGCAGCAGCUAACAAUCUCAAUCAUUUAUGGUAUUCACAGCGACUUCGAAGCUUUGAAAAUCAUGAAAUUGCAAGUAACGAAGCUUACUAUGAAACGGAUUCAGACCGAUUUCUACGCAUCCACAAGACUCUCAAAGAAAAAUCACUCAAUUGUCCUCUUUGGUUCCAUUAUACAUGGAACAACAUUUUUGACAUGCAUCGAAACCUUGAUGAAAUAGAUCUGGUUUACAAUGGUCAAAGAUUGGGCACCCAUGCCGACAUCCGUAACCCGGCGUUUUCAAUCUAUCCAAUUUUCUCAGACCAUGAAUCAAUCUCAAGAUUAUUUGCCUUUCAAUUAUUCUAG